AUGCCUAUCAAUAACCCUGCCUGUGCUGACUGCAGAGCCAAGAAGAAGCGGUGCAUCCACCGUGACCAACCUGUGGAGGUCACCGGGACUCAAGCUGUCCCAUCCACCAUGUCUUCCUCCUCCGCUCCCCCUCCCCCUCCCCCUCCCCCUCCCCCUCCUGUCCCGACUCCCGCGGCGACUCCCGCCCCUGUCGCUCCCCCUGGUGCAGCCACCAGAAGCCGCCGCAAGGCUGCCGAGGCCGCUGAGGCCAAGGCCAAGGAGAUGAGUUCCGCCCCAGGGGACUCCAGCGAUGACCUUUCCUCCGCGCCCUCCGAGACCGAGGCCGAGGCCGAGAAGGAGCCGGUGGUGAACAAACCCACCAAGCGCACUCGCCGCGCCAAGGCCACCGCCGCCGAGUCCCAGACCGGUGCCCGUGGCCUCCCCUCCGAUAACCUCGACGCCGCCUGCAGCAUGUCCGUCCACGCCAUGUUUGCAAGCCAGCUGGAGGAGAACCUCCAGGAACUGGAGAGGAAGAUGGAGGCCUUCCACGAGGCACACCGCGAUGGCCUCGUCGCUCCUCAGGCCUUGAACGACGCCCACCGUGAGGCCCAAGCCGCUGGCAACAAAGUCCAGCGCACUGUCAAGGGCUGGGUUCAGACGUGGGCCGUCUAUGGCCGUUGA